CUAACUAAGACCAUCAGUUACAAAGAAAGACCAGCAGUUACCAACGUACUUAUGUUUUAAUGCUUUUUAUUAUGUUCUUUCUCCGAGUUUUCUUAUAUUUAAGCUCUCUGUUUUCGUAAGUAAAUGAGAGUUUCAGACAACAUCCCUCGGCUAAGAUCAUGAGACAAGAUUUAAGCUCCAUUAACAUGUCCUCCUAACAUAUGGACUAAUCCAACAGCUGAACCAAAUGGGUAACAGAGAAGAUACAAAAUACUAAUUUUGUCUUUUUUCUGGAACUACUAGGUUGGAGUUUGAAACUUCUCGUACGUUUUGGCUUGCUUGCAUUUCUGGAAAAAAAUAACCCAUUUGCUAAAACCAUAAACUCAGGCUAAUGGGGAAGGAGGAAGGGGUCAAAGAUACACCAGCUUCUAAUUUAAAACCUACAAACCAAUGUAGGACUCUUUUACCAAUGCGGGUGCUUCAGGUUUUCUUGAUGCUCGUUGUUUUGGCUCUUGGAAUCUCAGUCGUUAGCAUGCACAUGAUCAAGUACUUGAAGGUUCAAACUUUAGCACCUACCACAUUUAUCUCUACGAGUGAUGAGAUAACUACAUUGGAGAGCUUUAUCAAGCCUCCAUCGAGUGUUUGGCACUCCAUGAAUGACAGCGAGCUUCUUUGGCGUGCAUCUAUUGAGCCACGGAGAUAUGAAUAUCCUUUUAAAAGGGUUCCGAAAAUGGCAUUCAUGUUUCUCACCAAAGGUCCAUUACCAUUUGCUCCACUUUGGGAAAGGUUUUUCAAAGGGCAUGAAGGGUUUUACUUAAUAUACGUUCACACAUUGCCAGAUUAUAAAUCGGAUUUCCCAAGCUCAUCUGUGUUUUACAGAAGACAGAUCCCAAGUCAGCAUGUGGCUUGGGGAGAGAUGAGUAUGUGUGAAGCUGAGAGAAGGCUUUUGGCUAACGCGUUACUCGAUAUCUCUAAUGAAUGGUUUGUUUUGCUCUCUGAAGCUUGCAUUCCUCUACGCGGUUUCGAGUUCAUCUACAAUUAUGUCUCCAAAUCAAGAUAUAGUUUCAUGGGUUCUGCUGAUGAGGACGGGCCUUACGGAAGAGGCAGAUACAGCUAUGCAAUGGGACCAGAAGUCCAACUAAGCCAGUGGAGAAAAGGGUCUCAGUGGUUUGAAAUCAACAGAGAACUUGCUCUUUACAUUGUUGAAGACAUCAUUUACUAUCACAAAUUCAAAGAGUUUUGUAGACCUCCUUGUUAUGUGGACGAACAUUACUUCCCAACGAUGCUAUCUAUUAGAUAUUCUCAUUUGCUGGCGAAGAGGACAUUAACUUGGACAGAUUGGUCAAAAGGUGGUCCUCAUCCAACUACUUUUGGGAAGUCUGUUAUAACAGAGAUGUUUCUCAAGAUGAUUCAGGAAGGUCAGUCCUGCUUAUACAAUGAUCAGACAUCUCAAGUGUGUUAUCUCUUUGCAAGAAAGUUUGCUCCAAGUGCAUUGGAGCCAUUACUCAAACUUGCACCAAAGGUUCUUGGGUUCUAAUGGAUGUGCUUUUUGAACUUUUGAGUGUAGCUUUGCUUUAGCAUGGACACAACUGAUCAUUAUUGUCCACUUCCGCAUUUAUAUAUAGAUGUUUAUUUUGUCGUUCAAAAACAAAAAAAUAUAGAUACUUCAAUGACUAAUGAAAUUUAACUUUAUAGA